GUACCAGUGCUAUACCGGUACCGUACUCGAGUGCCGUACUAUUUUAUGGCAGCUUCUCGUUCCUUUAGUGUUACCAUCCCGACACGCUCGCUUAAUAUAAGCCUGGCCGGGAUACCCUUUUUCACAGACUCAAAGAACCUCCUUCCAGUCCCAAGUUUCCUAACUGCCAAGCCAAAUUCCCACGAUCUCUACUCGUAGACCUCACGCAGCGCCAGUUCACGAUACUGUACGGUUCAAGCAAGCCCUAGCGACGAUGAGCUCCGAGCACCACACCUCAUCACUUCCCCCAACCUAUUGCAGUCUGAGAGAUUAUACCCCUUGGCACUACUACUGGUACUGGUACAGUAUUAUCGCCAUUCUACAAGUGCAAGUACCGUACCGGUCUAGUAGAAAGAAUGUGCAGGGACAAAUCUCCGGGAUAGUCGAUGCAAUUCCGCCGCAACUAGGACAAAAGAGGAAGAGAAAAAGGAAAAAAAAAAGAGGGCGAAGAACGCCUGUUUCACCCCGGGCCUCAACCUAGACUUAAUUCCCGGGGAAAAGUAAAACUAAACUGGUGCGUUGAAGAUCGAGCAGGCUACAAAGUACUCGUACUCGGUACAAGUACUUUACGGUGUUCGGGGGGGUGCUCUCGCACGGGACGGGGAUUAUUUUGCUGGUUAACCUGGAUUAACCGUUCAGUAACCCUCUGUUGGGUACUCCCACAGCACAAGUGCAGCUCGCGCUACCGUUAGAGCUUAGCUCUGCCAGAACCUGUACGAAUAGAAAUAUGAGUGCUUACGGUAACGGCAUGAUCACCAUAGAAACGAGGGGAGGAAGCUCUUUGUGUGCGUUCUUUUUUUUACCCAGAUAGGGACUACCGCGUGGAAUUAAGAUCAGCCACUUCGCAUGGUAUUAGCUUGCUCGCCGUGGGGUCAUCGGGGAGACCUGGGGAACUGGAUGAUGUCCAAUUUGUUAACGUUAUCCUUAGUACCCCCUCCCAUCCCUUUUCGCCUUUUCCCCUCCUACUGUGCUCGUACAGUGCUUACCUUUGCAGGCACUGCAAGUGCCUUUCUAACAUGAUACAUAAUAAAUCCCCAUCCCCCCCCACACACAUAUAAUCAUCUCUGUUUCUGUCUAUCUUUUUUUUUUAAUGCUUCUAGUUUUUCUCCCUUCCAAUUCCUGCAUUCUUCCGCCUCUCACCCCCUUGUCCCUUCAUUCGCGGAAAGAUGUAUAUGGGGUUGGUAGAGAGGAAUUUAUUCGGUGAAAAUCCUACCAACGAUUCCGAUAACGAUUCCGCCCAGUUGGUGGGGAGCGCUACCGCGCUGGCUGUGCUCAUGGGGUUGGUGAUGAUUACGAGGAUCUAUUGUAGGGCUUAUCUUCUCAGGAGUAUGGGGGCUGAUGAUUGGACUAUGAUUGUUGCUAGCGUGAGUAGGUCUGGGUUGGAUUGGUAUUCUGGGGAGAUUCUUCGGAGGAAGGGGAGAUAUUCGUAGAGAGAGUGUGCGUGUGUGGGCUGACUUGGUAAUUGGGAAUUUGGUGAUUUACAGAUUGCUGCGUUGGGACUUGCGACGUCGGAUUUAGUAGGUUUGUCGUACUUAUAUUUUGGGGGUUUUUCUUGCCCGGCUACAUCCGCUCGUGGCGCUAAUGGUGAUGUCAGGUACAACGCAAUAUGGAACAGGGAAACAUCAAUGGACUCUGCCUAAAGAAUGGGCUGCCCAUGCUCGUCAGGUAACUACCCCCUCUCCUCCUCUCCCAUAGUUACAUGAUAGACUGAUACCUCCCACCUAGGCAUCCUACAUAGCCCAAAUAUUCUACUUCACAUCCCUGGGCUUCUGCAAAGCCUCUCUGAUCCUCUUUGUGAUAAGAGUGACCUCCUCAAGAACCACCCUUCGGGUAUCCUGGGUCCUCCUGGUGUUAUGCUCGUGCUUCAGCCUAGCCGCAGUCCUAACCUCCGUCUUCUGGUGCGUGCCGCCGGAGUAUACGUGGAAGAUGUUCACACCAGAGGGGAAGGACAUGAAGGGCGUGUGUUUGGAUCAGCAUGUUUUGCAGUAUACCCUACCAGCAAUUAAUAUCUUGACGGACUUCAUUGUCUGGUUGCUACCAUUGAAGAUGAUUUGGGGCAUACAGUUGCCGCCGAGGCAGAAGGCGGGUUUGGUUGGGAUUUUUGUGUUGGGGGGGCUGUGGGUAUUCCCUUCUGGAGGGGGAAGGAAGAGACAAGUCGAGCUAAUAAAGGGAAAAAACAGGGGGGUGCUUGCUGGGAUCUUAAGGUUAUUUAGUAUUAGGGAGUUUCUGAAUACUGAAGACCCAUCAUGUACGCUGACUCACUAUUUCAUAUCCUAACCCAGAGAGCUAACAAGCAAAAUUAGGGGACACCCUGGAUAUAUCUGUCUGGUCAACGUAAGUUCCCCCUCCCCCUCUCCCCCUUGCUCAUAGAAAACAUUGCUAAGGGCUCCCAAGUGUUGAAGCAACUAUAAGCAUUAUCUGUGGUUCCGCCCCCGCGAUAAAGCCUUUCUUUAGCAAAUUCAUCCCCGGCCUCCUAGGAGUCACCUCCAUCAAAUCCUAUACCCACCCCACAUCAGAAACCUAUGGCCGCAGUGGCGCCUCAAAGCCCAUCAAACCUAAAUCUCAUCCUGCAGCCUACCCCCUCAGCUCGCUCAAUCCCGUGGCGCACCAUGAGGAAAGUUCCUCGACGGAGGAACUCGGCUUCGGAACUUCUACCAAGAUUGAGGGACGAAUAGCCAGCACUAGCAUUUCCGGGAGUGAGGAGUGCUUGAACGAGAAUGGGAGUAGGGGCGGGCAUGGGGGCAUAGGAGAGGGCGUAAAAGUCACGACAGACGUACAGGUCCAUGUUGAGGAGAGGGUUUAG